UUAGCAUCAACAUCAAACCAACCUAUACCAAACAUUUCCAGCCUCUUCCCCCGGAACCAUAUAUAUAUGGGCUUGCAUUAAUUAUAAAUGUAGCAUUUCUUCUUACCGUUCCUGCUAGUACUAAACCUUUCUGGCAAUCUCCGCCAAUCUUACUCGUAGGUUGAAUCGCAGAAAUAAUUGGAUCAGGUUUCGAUCGUAUGGAAACCCUCUCUACUAGUGCGCUGCCGAUGCCAAAUCUUCCUGUGUUCUUCGCCGUGUAUCUGCUGCUUUACUUGAUUGCUUACUUCGUCAUCUUCCGCAACUGGUCCAGGAAUCUCCGGCCGGAAGCGUCGAGCUGCGUAAUUUCACUGGCCCACGGCACUCCCGCCGUGUUUUUAGCCAGUCGCGCCAUCCUGAUCGAUCCGAACCGCAAUUUCCAUUCCCAGAAUACCCCUUUCCAGAAUCUAGUGCUCGAUUACAGCAUUGCCUAUUUCUUGAUGGACCUGUGCCAUUACUUGAUUUUCUACCCAAGAGAUGUGCUUUUCAUCGGCCACCAUCUGGCCACUUUAUUCGUUUUCGUCACGUGUCGGUACUGCGUGUACCACGGGGCAUAUGCGAUACUGGUGCUGUUGAUUCUGGCAGAAAUUACCAGCUUCUGCCAGAAUGCUUGGACGCUGGCCGGUGCCCGCAGAUCGGACUCGGAAUUUGCCGCCAGACUGUACGACUCUCUGUCGCCUCCUUUUUAUGCUUUGUACACCGCAGCUAGGGCUUUUGCGGGGCCGGUUUUUGUAUACCAAAUGCUUGCUUUUUAUUUGGGUGGGAUGGCGGAUAAUGUGAUUCCCAGAUGGCUCUGGGUUUCCUGGAUAUUUGUUGUUGUUACGGCAAUUUCUGUCAGUAUAUUGUGGAUUUCGAAUCUUUGGCUUCAGUUGUACAAAGAAAUAACUGCAAGGCAUGCCGAGAAAAUUAGAUAAAGCCUGCAGCUUUUUUAAUUUUUUCCCCACCCCCUCCCCUAAUUAUGGAAAAUUCAGCUGCUCUACUGAAAACUCUGCACUGCAGUAUAUUAGCUUCUUCAUAACA